CGCUCGCAUGCAUUGCGACCAUAUCGAUCCUUUCUUCCUUCCUUCCUUGUAUUGCUAUCUGCUUCUUUGCAAAUAUCUUCCUUCCUUGUAGAUACCAAUAUCGAUGAUCGAUCGAUCUGAUUCUGAGUCCUCUGAUAGAUAGCAUCCACAUAUAUAUCGAGCAAUCGAACUAGCUCUGCUAGCUCUAUCUCACUCACACAGGCAUAUGUCAUGCAUGUGAGAGAGAGAGAAAGCCAAAUUAGAUAGCCGGCCGGCCAGUAGCAGGCCGGGUAGCAAGCACUGUGAGUGCGUGCACCACUGCACUGCUCUCCUGCAGACAAGGCUGGCCGGGAGUGGCCUCCUGUGCCGUGCCGUGCCGUGUGUACUGUUAUUACUAGCAGCAGCAGCAGCUAGCUACGACGACGACUCAUCAGACAGAAACUAGAAAGAGCGAGCACGCCACUAUGGAUAUGACGGAGGAGGAGGCCAACGCCGCCUCUGCUGUACAAGCCGCUGCUGGCGACCUCGCCGACGUCGUGGCCCGUGCAAAUGCACGUCACCACCACUCGCCUCUUCCUCCUCCCCCUCCCAUGCCGCCUCAUCAAUACUACCCCACCAUCCCUUACGACCACCUGCAGGGCGCCUCCGAGCUUCACCGCCCCACGAGCAUCGGUUACUCCGACGCGGCGGCGGUGUUCGGCACCGGGGCGGCGCCGUCCACGGUCGACUAUUCGUACCAGCUGCCACCCAGCGGCGGCUAUGGGAUGCCUCGGCCGCUGGCCGUUCAGAUCUCCCAGUGCGGCGACGUGGUGAUGGCCGGCGCCGCAGCUGGUGCUGCCGAUGAUGGAGAAGACGCUACCAGGAUCUCGCCACUGACGCCGUCUGCUCACCAUCAAAUGAUGAAGAGGAAGAACGAGGUGAAGAAGGUGGUGUGCAUCCCGGCGCCGCCGGCGACGAGCGGGCGGGGAGGUGGAGGAGAGGUGAUUCCGUCUGAUCUGUGGGCGUGGAGGAAGUACGGCCAGAAACCCAUCAAGGGCUCUCCUUAUCCACGAGGUUACUACAGAUGCAGCAGCUCAAAGGGAUGUAUGGCGAGGAAGCAGGUGGAGCGCAGCCGCAGCGACCCCAACAUGCUGGUCAUCACCUACACGGCGGAGCACAACCACCCAUGGCCGAUGCAACGCAAUGUGCUCGCCGGAUACGCGCGCUCUCAUCACACCCACGCCUCCACCUCCGGCAGCAGGCACCACCACAAGCUGCCGGCUGCACUGCAGAUCACUCCAUGCACAAGCUCUUCUUCUUCCUCCUCCUCUUCGUCAUGCAAUCUCUACGCCGACGUGCUCGGCGGCCAACAUGCCAACAUGAUGAUGAUGACGACGGAGGCCGCCGCCGCUGGCCUUGGCAACGGCGGCGGCUUACAAUCUGCAGCAGCUGAUGAGGUUUUCGCAGAGCUGGAGGAGUUGGAGCCCGACAGUGGUAUCAAUCCUACUAUGAUCAAUGCAAACAUGGUUUACUCCAUGACCAGCAGCAGCAGCAGCUACGAUCAUCAGCGGCACAAGUUCUAAUUAAACUGCAGGUAACACAAUAUAUAUAUGAUAUCUGAAAAACUUUUCAUAUUGGAGGCCGGGGAGAGGAAAUUGAUCGAAUUCUAGUUCGAACAAUUAAUACAUCAUGACAAGUGCGCAGUGCAAUGGGCACGCCUUGGACGCCAUAUAUAUGGCGUUGUUUGCGCGCAUAUAUAUCAUGCUGAGGUAUACUGUAUUUACAUCAAGCUAAAUAAAAUGUGCAAUCCCUCUACAUGUUUUGAUUGGCGUUCUGUGUCGACGACUUCAAUAUAUAUGUAAUUGGCUAGUUUAAUCAUGUCAGUUACUACAUGUGUAUCCCUAUAUUAUAUAUAUUAAUUAUGAUAUGUCAAG